AUGGAGUACAAGCAUUUCAGCCACCAGCACACCUUGACCCUCUACAAAGUCCAAGCCGGGCAGCAGCUCCACUGCCACGGCUGCCACCUCCUCUGCCAUGACUCGAUCUUCGCCUGCUGGAGCUGCAAAUUCUUCCUCCACGAGCACUGCGGCAAUGCAAACAGAUUUGUAAAGCACCCUUCCCACAAGCAGCACCCUCUCAUCCUCAUGCCUACUCCCACCUACUGCAGCGGCUCCUUCUUGUGCAACGGUUGUGGUGUGGCCGGCAGCACCUUCUCCUACUGCUGCGCCUUGUGUGAGGUCGAUCUGCAUGUGCCAUGCGCAUACCUGCCCCCUAAGGUGAAGCACCAAAGCCACGAGCACGAGAUAAGCAUCACUUUCCAAACAACACAUGAAAAGGACUACUGCUGCAAGAUUUGCUCAAGAGAGCUCAGCUCUAAGCAUUGGUCCUAUCUCUGUGAUAAGGCCGAGUGCAGUUUUCGCGUCCACACCUUCUGCGCGACGGCUGAGGUUAAACUGGGCUUGUAUCAGGACGAUGCACCGGAGCAGCCCCAAGCUCCGGUGGUCUUCUACAUCUGA